AGUUGUAACACAACAAAAUGUGUAAAAAGUCAAGGGGUGUGAAUACUUUCUGAAAGCAUACAUAUAGCAUUUUCUGAUUUAAAGGCUACACAGGAUAUCACAGAGAAAUGCCCUCAUUAAAACUAUUUUAAUUUUGCAAUAGCUGUAGGGGUCAUAUGGGUCAUUCAUUUCUCUGUUCAGGAUGUUUACACCAUAGAGAUCCUAUGAAAUUACUAAUUCCUAAUUCUAUGGUUUACACCACCUGAGGUUAAUAUAAGUUAAUGUAAGGCCCUCCACGUGCAGCUACUUCCUGCUUCCUGUUCACAACAGGAAGUACUGUUAACUGUCACUCGUGUUCUUGUCAAGCACCCUGUCUGUGAGACACAUCCUUUCUCUAUAAGCAGUGAUCUAGCCAUCUAUUGGUUGUAAAAUUUAGAAGGGCGAUGAUAUGACACAUGUUAACAACAAUCAAUGGUAUAUGAUCAACGGUAUAACUGGUGUGUGCCCAUCUUCUCUCUUCCUCAGAUUACUGAGCCAUCUUUAAAAAAAAAAAAAUGAAGGCAGACCUCUAGUUGAAGUAUUUCACUAUCCUGACGUCCGUUAUGUUGGCUUUUUAUUUAUUUUAUUGUGCCAUUUCCGGUUUUCCGGUUUUGAAAAUGUGUAAAAGAUGACUUUGUGUGCACUUUGGUUUUAAAAAUGUUUCAGAGCACUUGAAAGUGAAGCAAUGCCAGAAGUUGAGUGAAAGUCGCUCUGGAUAAGAGAGUCUGCUAAAUGACUAAAAUGUAAAUGUAAAUGUAAUAUUUUAACAUAAAUCUUUUUGAUUGGUAUGAACGAAGUAUCAUCUGCAUCAUUGUUAAUUAUUAUGAUUAUUACGAAUAUUGUGAUUAUUAUCAUUUAAAAUGACUGUAGUCACUUUAAGAGAGUGAUGUCAUGAAAUUCGAAUCCAAGCCACAAGCUGGUUCCAUGUGCCAUUCCACAGAUACAUAAGCCUACACAUGAUCGAGACACCCCCAAAAUAUAGCAAUAGAAAAGAAUAGCAAUUAUACUUGUGAAAUUCGACAUGAGCAUUGCUCAACAUUACACAACAUUAUCAUGUGUGAGUCUCCUUCGUCCCUACAUGCAUGCCACCUCUGACCCAGUUGCCGUUCCAUUGGCCAUAUCACAGUCUAUUUUAAGGUUUGUUGCUCAGCUCAGAGGGCCAGGGCAUUCAGGCAGGCAGCGAGGGAAGGGGAGGGUAAACAGUGCUGUGUUUCAGAGGGGAUAGCUAGGCUGCCUGUCUAUCUCUGACCCUAAUUCCAGAUGCAUUCAGCCACAUUAACAACAACGCCUGCAGCCUGGCUGGCUGAGGAAAAUGACGGUCUACUAGAAAAGGAGGAUUCCCACUGACCGACAGGGCAUUGUUGCUGUACUGCUCAUGCUGUGGUCUAAGUGUCAGUGUGGGUAAUGGGAAUUCCAAUAAAGAACCUCCUUGUUUACACUGCCACUUAGUAAUAUUUAUUUAUAUUUUAUUUAUUUAUAUUCUAUUAAAAUUUUUCUUAAUUUUUUCUGAGUUAUUACUACUCCUGAAUAGACAUUCGAACCAAAUGGAUCUGAGAGCUAAACACAGUCUGGGUCUUUUGGACCAGCUGAGGAAGAUGAGGGAGACAGAGAAGCUGACAGAUGUGGUGCUAGUGGCUGAGGGCAUCAGCUUCCCCUGCCACCGCGUGGUCCUCUCAGCCUUCAGCCCUUACUUCCGGGUUAUGUUCACCUGCGGCCUGCGGGAGUGUAGUACUAGGGAAGUGUUUCUGCGUGACACACCAGCCGAUAGCCUGGGUCUAUUGUUAAACUACAUGUAUUGUUCCGAGCUCCCGCUCAACAACGCCAAUGUACAAGGGGUCUCGGUCGCUGCCUUCCUCCUGCAGAUGGACGAGGUGUUCAACCGCUGCCAGAGCCACAUGAGGGAAAACAUGGACGCCUUCAACUGCUUAGGGGUGUACUACUUUUCCCGCGACCUGGGAGCCGAGGAGCUGGCCGACCAUGCCCAGAGAUACCUGCGGACGCACUUCGUUCACGUGUGUAUGAGCGAGGAGAUUCUGGAACUAGAGGCCCACCAACUGGGGGCGCUGCUGAGCUCCGACGACCUCAACGUGUCGCGGGAGGAGACCAUCCUGGACAUGGUGCUGCGCUGGGUCAGGCAGGACACUCCGGGGGAUGGGGUGGAGGACAGGCGGAGUAGGCACCUGGCUGAGCUCCUGAGGAAGGUGCGUCUCGCCUUGGUGGCCCCUGACUACCUGAGGGAGGCUAUGAAGAGGAAUAUGUCUCUGUUGGCAGAUGCAGAGUGUCUGGAGAUGAUGGAGGAGGCUCUGGAGGCCACAGGGAUGCACCCGGCCUCCUCACCCCGUAAACUGAAGCUCCGCUAUGGGAUGGAGACCACGGAUCUGCUGCUCUGCAUCGGCAACGAGGGCGGAGGGAUCCGAUCACGGUAUGGAAAUUAUUCUGAUCGCAGCUUCUGCUACGCCCCCUCCACGGGCCGCACCCACUACAUCACGUCCCCACGCUACGGAGACGUUCUGGGAUUUGUGUGUGCGGGGGUCGUCACCGAAGGCAACGAGAUUGUGGUGGCCGGGGAGGCAGGGGUGAGGAAAAUGGCCAGGCAGACGGACAGGAAUGUGGAGAUAUUCAGGUACAGGGUGGAGGCCCAGGGGACCUGGGAGCACCUGAGCUCAGCAGAGUACAGAGACUCGUACGCUCUGGGGGCACUGGGUGAUACUAUUUACCUGCUGGGAGGCCAGAUGAAGCUGAAGAACCAGUACCUCAUCACCAACUCUGUGGAGCGCUGGUCCCUGCAGGGCGGGCCCUGGCGUAGCGCCGCCCCGCUACCCAUACCGCUGGCCUAUCACAGCGUGGUCCGACUGAAGGACCACCUCUACGUGCUCGGGGGUCGAACUCCACAGUCCUGGCGGAUGGACGACGAGCCAGACCGCUUGAGCAACCGUCUGCUAGAGUACGACCCUGAGACAAACAAGUGGACAGAGCUGGGUCCCAUGAAGUACUCCAAGUAUCGCUGUGGUGCUGUGGCGCUCAAUGGAGAAAUCUAUGUGAUGGGAGGUAUCGGCUGUGAGGGGGUUGAUCGUGGGCAGUCCCGUCGUUGCCUUGAUGCUGUGGAGAUCUACAACCCUGAUGGAGACUUCUGGAGGGAUGGGCCCACUAUGCCCUCUCCACAGCUAUCCCUACGCAGCAAUGCCUCCAACGCCGCGGUGGUGGGGGGCAAGCUUUAUGUCUGUGGAUACUACAAGGGGGCGGAUCGUCAUGAAGACAUAAUCAAGGACAUCCUGGAACUAGACCCGUGGGAGAACCGCUGGACCGUGGUGGCCCGCCGCGUUCUGAUGCAUGAUGCCUACGACGUCUGCUUGGUGGCAAGCCUCAAUCCACGGGAGCUCAUGUCUCCCCCGGCAGACCUAGUAACUCAGUGACACUCACCCGCCCUAAGGUCUAAUGACCCCUUCUUAGCUAAGAGCAGCUUGGGCAAUAAUCAUGUAUUCUGAAAGCUGAUAAUAUUGAGCAACAAGACCUUUCUUUCCACUGCUGUGGGCCAGGAGUCAAAAUGCAGUAAUGCAGUAGUGCUGGCUGAUCCUGGUGGUGCUCGUUGACAGACAUUACGCAGUUAGUGUUGACCUGAGUGGGGCACUGCACAAAAUAACAUUCUGCACUUGUCUUAAACUGUAUAUGACCUACUGAGUUGCACAUUUAGAAGUAAACAUUGUAUCUGAAUAUCAUACCUUAGUGGGUUUUGUGACACUGAAAUAUAGCUUGUAAAUAUAAUUGUUUUGCAAUUUUGUUUUGUAUGUUGCAGUAAAAUGCCUCUGCCUCAUCUUUAGAAUAUUGGAAAGAAAACCAGACAGGUCCUUCACAAUCAACUUAUUUUAUAUCCAUUUUCCACUUUAUUCAAGAUUAUAUUUUUGUCAUGCAAAUAAGGCUUACAUUACAUUGAGUCUUUGCUCAGGCUUAAACAUGUGCUUGUGGAGCUAGUGUACAACACUAGAAUUGCAAAAACAUGACGAGAGAGGGUCCUACACGUGACGUGAGAGGGCACUGUCAUGUGUUGGACUAGUUAUGUGUUGCCCUUUUCCUGUAUGCCGACAGAAGAGAUGUCUGUUAAUUAAACGCUAUAAAAACCUCAAAAACCA